AUGACUUCCAUUGUUCGUCCGAGUUCCCCUUCGCCCUCCGGCAUCGGACGUCGUCGCUGCUCAACUUGUUGGGUCAGGCUCCAGCGCACGGACCAGCAUGCCAGCUGCUUCAUGUGCCUGGGUUCGGGCCAUGCGGCGUUGAGCGCUAGCUGCGCCUCGUGUCUCGCUCUCCCCAGGGAGGAGAGUGAACGCAGGCGCGCGUUCUUCGCCGCUUCAGCGCCCCGUCCGGACUCCUCUCAGGACGAGGAGUCCGAGAUUGACUGGGCCCCACUCGACCUUCCGCCCGUGCCCGCGGAAUGGGGUGACUGCGAGGUUGGAGAGGCUUCGGAGGACGGCUCUCUCCUCACACUGGAUGAGGUGGUGUCAAACCCGGAGCCGGACCGCUUUCCGCUGGACCACAUGCCUGGUCUCUACUCCUCCGCGGCGGCCAUCAUGGAUGCUCCUCUACCACCGCAGCCGGUCCAGACGGUGGAGGACUUCACCUCGGUGGGCGCCACCACUCGAGGGAGGAGGAGGAAACAACCCAUGUUGUGCCCGCUGAUGGACCCAAUCCUCCAUUACGCGACACGUGAGUGGCCAAAGCCCCUAGCAGCCAAGAGGCCUGCUCUGGGGUACGGCAUGUACUGCAGCGUGCAGGACUGGUCCGGGACCGGUGGUGUCCCGGACAUAGAGGACUCAGUCCGCAUGGCCCUGCAGCCCUCCGCAUCCGUGUGGCCCGGCGCCAGACCUCUCCUUCCCUCCGAGCGGGACAGGAUGUCUUUGGCAAUGCUGGACAGGUGUUAUGCCAAUGCGGCUCAGGUCGUCGCAUUGGCUAAGAACAUGGCUUUCAUCACGGGGGCCCUGGAUAGGUCGCUCUCCUAUGGCCAGGCGCUCAGUGGAGACCUCUUGUCAGAAGCUAGGACCACCUCCGCGGCGAUCCUGCGCAUGAGCCAGGCGUUGGCCGUGGAUGGUGGCCGUUCCAUGGCUGCAGCCCAAGUCGGGGCCAGGCACCUUUGGCUUGGGCUGGCUAACAUCAGGGAGGCGGAGAAGAGACAGCUGCUGGACCUGCCCAUCUCCCAGACGUCCCUCUUCGGCCCUGACAUGCAGGCCCUGGUGGAGAGACUGGAGUCUGCAGCCAAAGACUCGGCUAGGCUAGCCCCGCACCUAGCUCCGAGGCGCGAGGCCCACCAGCCGUCACGGAGCCUGGACAGAGGCAGAGAGCGUUCGCCCAGGAGGCGUCCUAACCCGUAUCCUCGCUCCGCCAUCCAUCGUCCCCCCUCGACGAGGCCCCCGGGUCCGGACAGACCCACGGGAGGCUCGCGGGAACAGCGCACCCACUGCCGGCCUCCCUAUGGUAGAGGAGGCCGAGGUGGUAAGAAUUCUUUCAAUAAAGGCCGACCGGCAUUUCAUCAGUACUCGUUGUCUGAGUCUCAUUUGGGGGUACGUAACAUGUCUAAUGUGUCUGAUUGUGUUUCUUCCCGGGCCCAUAACGUUUCUCCGCUAGGCCUGCAGCCCCCAGAGCAGGGUGUGCAGUGCGCUACGCGAGCUACGAGCUCCGGUCCUCUGAUCCGUGCUAUGCCCUCCCAGAGAGAGGUCAGGCGGAGGGAUCUGGUGAGUAGUGGUGUGUGUGCUUCGGCCGAACAAGUGUUAGCCCCUCUAAGCUAUGAGGCUAAGCACGGGGUUUCCCACUCCAGGGGCUCCCUCCCCCUCUAUGAGGCAAGAGCCAGGGGGGGGCGGAGCAGUCGAGUCACAUGGCUUGAGCAGGCCCGUACUUAUGACGUCGGGCCUGCAGGACACGUGACCGCCCCCGGCGCACACGGUAUGACGCAGGGGGCCCACCUGCCCUUUCGUCCACCCCCCCCUCCCUGCUAG